AUGCGGUUCCAAACAUUACCAUUUGUUCUAUCGUUAGCUGCUGCCGUGAGCGCAGAUAUCGCAGAGGUACCUUCGACUACAGUACCAGUUCCAGCAUGCACCGCGACAUCGCAUACCGGUAUGGGCGGCUUCUACGACCUGCGUCCGGACAUGGCCGUCGUUCCCGAUAAAGACACCUCCAAGUACGCCAUCACAAAGGAUUACACCUCCAAGGGUUACGACUACGGCAAGAACUUCACACUGAACCUCUGCGGCGCCGUCGUCGAGCCCGUCACCAAUGUCAUCGGCGUCGAACCUCCUCUGUGGCAGAACGUCAGCGCAUAUUACCAGGUCGGAGGCGAGGUCUUUUCCAUAGGUUUCGAAUCAAUGGAUUUGCAGAGCCGUGGGCGCAAGCUGGUUCUUCAGUACACCGGAGGAUCGCCUUGCGGUGCCGACGUUAACAAGACGGAACCUAUCUACAAACGAUCCGCUCAGCGCGACUCUUACCUCGAAGACGAGAACGAUCUUACCGCUUACACACCUGAGCCCGAGCCCGAAGAGCCCGUGGAGGAGGAGCCCAAACCUAAAGAUAAGCGAAGACGCAAGUCGACCACCAUCUCUUUCCACUGCGACCGAGAUCCCGGCACUACCUCCGCCAGUGUCUCCUUUGUCGGCACGGACCCUGACGAGUGCGCCUACUUCUUUGAAGUCCGAUCAUCCCACGCGUGCGCCCACGCCGAGCCGCAUAAGCCCGGUAGCGUCGGGCCCGGCAGCAUCUUCGGUCUGAUCGUCGUCAUCGCAGUCCUCGUGUACUUCCUCGGCGGCAUUUUCUACAACCGAACCGUCACGCAUGCGCGGGGCUGGCGCCAGCUCCCCAACUACAGUCUCUGGGCAGGCAUCUGGAACUUCAUCUGCGUGCGUCAAUCCCUUUCUGGUUCCUCUAAGCCCGAGCGAUACUCUCCCUGA